AUGGCCUUUUCAGCAGACAUAGAAUUGAAGUUCAGUCGCUUCAGCUUUGAACACAGGUAUUUAACACCUUUUGCUGAAACUUAUUUUAUGAAUGUUCCAAAACAUAAACCAAAAGGUGUGUUAUACCAAAAGUACCACAAUACUGUGACAAAACUGCGCAAGAACGACCUUUGGAGUUACCCUAAGACUUCAAUUAAAGAUUCAACUGCUUCCAGUUCUAUUGCUAAUUUUAACCAACCUAUAUCUCCUCCUUUGAAAAUUUAUGACCAGACAUUUGUUACUACCAAAAGAUGGCUUCAGUUUAACAUUGAACCUUUUGAAGAUGUUUUGAUGAAAUGGAGAGAAACAGUUGAAUAUCGUCGGACAUUUCUUACACAAUAUAAUACCAAAAUUAAUGAUAUAUUGGAACAGUGGCCCAUGUACAAACAGUCAUUUGGACAUAAUUUGAUUGAUAUUGAUUUUGAGUACAUCUACUCAGGCAAAGAGAAUCUUUUAUUUGAAAAAUGGCCACUUCUUAUUCCUAAACUAUUAACUCUUAUGCAUACUAACAUUAAAGAUUCAAACAGCAAAGAGUUAUUGAAGAAACUUUGUAAUCAAAAUUCUGAAAUUGAAUUGGAUUCUAAAAACACUGUUGUAUUUGCUUUAUUGAAUUCUCUAAUAAUUCCAACUUCUAAAUCAUAUGAAAUUGACAAGGUAACAAACUCAAAACGUAUUGUCAAAACUUCAAUAGCUGAUGCCCGAAAUUCAUUUUUAUUACUUUGCACAAACAUAAGCAAUUUGUACACACAAAUUCAAAAUAAAGUUGACAGUUAUUACGAAAAGAAACAAACCUUACAACCGCUAAUUUGCAUCAUAGGAGAUGAGUAUAUUGAUUCUAAAGAAUUUUUUGUUUAUUAUUUUAAUACAUAUUACAAAAUUUCCAAUAUUGUUAAAGCUGUAGAUUUAUGUUUCAAAAUAUUUCAUGUUUUUAAUUUGAAGUAUCCAAUUGAAUCUGAGUUGGUGUGGACAUUUUUACAAAACUAUAUUUAUGAUAUUCAUACUGAAUUUGAUGUAAAAAGUUCUUCCAUUAUUUCCUUAAUGUCAGAUUUAUCUAAUUAA